AGACUUAGUAAAAUUCAGAAAAGAGAAACCUAUUUCUGUCUCACGGUAACAGAGACAUCCCCCGGUCUUGGUUCUGAAUCAGUUUAUCGUGUUCGAUAUUGGGGCAUGUCUGAGUUGCAUCUGGAUCAGAGACGAGGUAUCUGGUAUCGGAUUCGCUUGGUCGGUCGAGAACAUUUCCGCCCGAUAGAUUGUAUGUACAACACACUCGAGAUCAACUACAUUAGUGUAUGUAGUCGUGCAUGCGACAUAUUUGCUCCGCCCCAGCUGAGAUCUAGAUGCCAUCUCUGUUUCCUGUCCGUUGCAUGGGUUGUGUUCGCAGCGGGGACAGUCACUGGCAAUGGCUCUCUGUACUACCAACUACAUCGGCAAGGAAGCGCGUGCCGUGAUGCCGAAGAUGGGGGGGGGAGAGGGGACGAAGGAGGGAUCUUGGUCCUUGAUCUGCCGGGCCGAUGAUGACCAAACGACUACGUGAGACCUCCGAUUAAAUUCGAUAGGAACACUGGAUUCCUGGU